AUGGCUACUGGUAGCUUUGAGGACGUCGUCGAACAUCGUGCGGCACUUCGCAGCCAUCGCCGUUUCCAGGUUGUUGCGCACAUGGCGUUCAAGGUUACACACACUGCCCGCAGACGAUGUGACUUCGACCUCUCUGUUGUCAAUGGGCCGGGAGUUGGCCCCGGAAUUGGGUCAGAUGCGGGAAGCAAGACAUAUUUAAGCGAACUGUUCUUGCAGCUGAUAACAGGCGUGGAAUUUUCCGCCAACCACGAUGGGGGUUUAAUUCUUUGUCCAAAUCCAAAUCCACCAACAUCGGAUGUGAGGUGGACGAAGACUGAACACUGUCUGGACUCUGGAGGUGUCAAGAAAGAAGUGAGUCGUGCCUUCCAAACAAGGCAGGUUGGACAGGAUCGUGACUACUUCUCCUAA